AUGUCUUCCCUCUCUUACAACAACCCUGCUGGAGCUGCGCAAAAGCACAGCGAGCUCGGUCAUUAUUCUCAGUCUGUCGAUCUCGGCAAUGGCACCAUCAAAUGCUCUGGCCAGGGAGGAUGGGACCCUGAGUCUGGCGCGUUAGAUGCAAACGAUACCAUCAAGCAAAUCCGGUUAGCAAUGGAGAACGUUGAUAUUGUUCUCAAAGCUGCAGGUCUACGGGGAUGGGAAGACGUGUACCUGUUAAGGUCUUACCACUGUGAUAUUCGCACUUCAUGGGAGCCGACUGUUGAGGCAUUGAAGACGAGAAUUCCAGGUCAUCGACCAGUGUGGACAGCUGUCGCGGUACCACAUCUCGCCUUUCCCGCCAUGCUCAUUGAGCUUGAGGUCGAGGCAAAGCGUCAAGAUUAA